AUACUCUGGCAGGGGACACAAAAACCGUCCAGCCUUCAACUUUUCCUGAUGAAAAGAGGCUGAGUGCCUCUGCAGAUGAGGCCUGUGUUUUGCUUUCUGACACGCUUCCUGACAAAGCUCCUUGGCUCUGACACGGAACGCAGUGGUCCAACGUAGCAGCCCAGUGAUGUGCUCAUCUCCUGUGCUGCUUUCUGUCUUCCCCAGGAUGCCCAGGACUUGAGAGAGGCCCCGUGUGUGAUGCCUAAGGAAAAGUGCUUCACAAAGUGUGACCGGGCUCUGAAAAGUGCAGGUGUCUCCAUAGACCUGCAGAGAUCAUCCAGGUCUGCAUGGCACUGCAAGGUGGCUUGGUUCCUGUGCACUCAAAACGUGGUGGAGACCUUUGAGCAGCUGGACAUGUCUCCAGGCUACUGCUGGCGUUUGAAAGCAUCUCAGAGCCAGGUGGUCUUCAACUUGCCCACAAAAGUCCAGCCGACUGCAGUCACUGUGCAGCACUCAGUGGAAACAAACCUGUGGCACGUCAGCAGCGCUCCCCGUGAUUUUGCUGUCUUUGGCCUGGAUGAGGAAGGAGAGAAGGAAGCUUUGCUUGGGAAAUUCACCUAUGAUGUCAGGAAAGAGGUGACCCAGACCUUCCAACUGCAGACCGAGACCCCCAGAGCUUUUUGGCAUAUAAAGCUCGUCGUACUCAACAACUGGGGAAAUGCAGGACACACCUGUAUUUAUCGGGUGCAGGUUCAUGGGAAGAGAGCGGGAACAAAUGACAUCGGCCAAGGACAUGUGUAGACGCUGCAGAAAGGCGUUUCUUUUAAAAAUAAAACACAAAAUUAUUCCACAUCAGA